CACUUACUUGCUGAAACGUUAACAGGAUAGAAACCUUAGGUUUCUGGUUUAGGUUUCUGCAACUUCUUAGUACAUAUUGGAUCCCUUGCUUCUUCUUCUUCUUCUUCUUCUUCUUCUUACCUGAAACUCUAGAGAUGCUGCCAUUAGUGUCUCUGCAACGUGGGAAGCUCAUAUUCCGAUCUUUCAGACGUCGUUCCUUGUCAUUCCUCUCCUCCUCUCACUCGUUUCCUCAACAACCCUCUUCCACUCUCUCAUCCCACUCCCAAUCCCCAACCCUCUUCAUUCCCUCUUCACGCUUCACAGCCAGACAUUUCUCGUUGGAACCCCCGACCCCAACCCAAACCCAGAACCACCCAGAACACCCUCAUCCAAUUGCUCAAUCGCUCUGCUCCGAACUUCUCAAAGACCCCAAUUCGGAUCCUCUCUCAAUUUCGCAGCGCCUCCAUCUCAGCUUCUCCCAUAUCACCCCAACCCCUGAUUUGAUUCUCCAAACCCUAAACUUCUCCUCUGAAGCUGGCCGCACCGUACUAGGGUUCCACCAAUGGCUCGCUUCCAACCCCAAAUUUUCCCACACCGACGACACCCUAUCCUACUUCGUCGACUACUUCGGCCGCCGGAAGGACUUCAAGGCAACGCACGAAGUCCUUGCUGGCGGCGGUGCCGGCCCCAAAACCCUAGCCGCGGGGAUCGACCGGCUUGUCCGCGCGGGCCGGCCCAACCAGGCGAUUCAGUUCUUUGAGAGGAUGGAGAGGGAUUACGGGUUGAAGCGCGAUCGCGGUUCACAAAGGGUGGUUGUCGAGAAGCUAUGUUCUAAAGGUUUCGCGAGUCACGCGGAGAAGAUGGUGAAGGAUCUGGCGAAGGAGUUUUUCCCGGACGAACCCACUUGUGAUUUGUUGAUCAACGGUUGGUGCGUGAAUGGGAAGCUCGACGAAGCUCGAAGACUCGCUGGGGAGAUGUAUCGAGGAGGGUUCGAGCUUGGGGUUGGGGCUUACAACUCAAUGCUUGAUUGCGCGUUUAAGCUUUGUCGUGAGAAGAAUCCGUUUCUGGUUCAUUCGGAGGUGGAGAAGGUGCUUGUGGAGAUGGAUUAUCGUGGGGUUCCAAGGAAUGUGGAGACAUUUAACGUUUUGAUAAUGAAUUUUUGUAAGAUUAGGAAGACUGAGGAUGCUUUGGGGCUGUUUCAUAGAAUGGCGGAAUGGGGGUGUUACCCUAAUGAGACUACUUUUAUUGUUUUGAUUAAGAGUUUGUACCAGGCUGCUAGGUUGGAAGAAGGGGAUGAAAUGAUCGAUAGAAUGAAAUCUGCUGGCUAUGGUAGGUUUCUUGACAAAAAGGCUUAUUAUCAGUUUCUGAAGAUUUUGUGUGGAAUUGAGAGGGUUGAUCAUGCUUUAAGGGUGUUUGGGAUGAUGAAGGGUGAUGGGUGUGAGCCUGGGGUUAUAACUUAUGAUUUGUUGAUGGGGAAAUUGGGUGCACAUAAUCGUGUUGAUAAAGCUAAUGCUUUGUUCAAUGAAGCCCGGAAUAGAGGAUUGCCUGUGGAGCUUAAAGAGUAUGCUGUUGAUCCAAGGUAUUUAAAGAAGAAGGCCAAGGUUGUUAAGGGUGAGAAGAAGAGGGAAACCUUGCCUGAGAAAAUGGCUAGGAAGAGAAGACGCCUCAAACAGAUUCGGUUGAGUUUUGUAAAGAAGCCUAAACGAGUGAUGGGUCGACCUUCUUGAUUUUUUUUGUUUUUGGUACUUGAAAGGUUUUGGAAUAGAUUUUCCUAUUUAAUCAUGGUUUUUCUUUGUCUAAUUGUUAGUUUUACUUAUUCAGAAAUAAAUUUUUGUAUGGAAACACUAUGCGCAUUCGUUUGAUCCUCUUUGUUAGAAGUAGCUUGUGCCCUGUUAAACUUUACACUAUCUAGGUUAUAAUCUCCAUGAGCUGUACCCUUCGAUGCAUCUAUGACGCUGGGAGAAGAAUUGAUGCAUGUUUGAUUGUGUUAGAUAGUGUAUUGUGACUUGACAUUCUUUUGGAUUUUGAUCAACUUCCUAAUGCUGACACUUGGUAUGUGAUUUAGAUUAGACGGCUGUAGCUUCUCUUUCUAGGCUCUUCGCGUCUCUGUACUUUGGCGGUGGAAUUAGGGACUGUAUGAGGCAACAAUAAAGAAAACAAAUCCUGGCUAUUAAAUUUAGAACAUGUUAACUGAUACAGCAGUAAAUUAUUACAAGAAAUUUUAAAGUAAUGUGAAAAUUUUUUCAGUGUUUUCCUCUUUAAUCAACGUUUAUGUAUGCUCAAGGCUUUUCCAGGUGAAGGCAUUAUUUUAAAUUCAUCAAAUACAUCAGUGCUGCAUUAUUUGUGCAGAUUUAAUUUGAGUUUUCUAUUUCAGGUCCCCUUUGACAUUGGUGUUGUGUCCACCAAAGAGCCCUUACAAUGUGUGAUAAACCAGGGGAUUAUUCUUGGAGAGGUAAUUUCAUUUGUUUCUGCUUGAAAAAUUGAGGGGGAAAACAAACUGAUCAUCACAAGUUUCUAAUUGCUUGAGUGGCAGAUUCAAUAUAUGGCUUGUAGGGAUCAAGAUGGAAAUCUGAUAUCUGCUGAUUCCACUGAUAUGUUCAAUGAACAUAACCUUGAAAAAAUUCCUGAGGAAAAGGUUUCUCAAUUAUUUUUCCACUUCAACAAUUAAUUGUGCUUUGAAUUUGGACUAUACUGUUCAUCACAAUGAAAGGGAAAUUAAUUAU